AGAAGGUGGCGUGCUUCAGGCUAAAUUAGAUAGCAAGAAAGUUGGGGGCGGCCCCCAAGUUUGCUUUUUUCCCAAUACUCUCUUCCUCCUACCUUUGAUCCCAACGUGGUCUCAACAUAAGCACACGAAAUAUACCAAAGGCCAAAAACGUAACGCGUAACAUCAUGUCUACCAUCUUGAUUUCCGGUGCCAACAAAGGAAUUGGCCGUGCUCUGGUUAGCAAGUAUCUGGCUCGCGAUAAUGUGACCGUAAUCGCAGCUGUUCGCAACCCAAGCUCAUCGGAGGCAACAUCUCUCUCCGACCUUCCCAAGGGGGAGAGCAGUCGGAUAAUUCUUGUUAAGAUCGACGCCAGCUCCGACACCGACGCCAAAACAGCAGUGGAGUCAUUGUCUAGCCAUGGCGUAUCGGCUUUGGACAUCGUCAUCGCCAAUGCGGGAGUCUUCGACACAACCGCUUUCACCACCGUUGCUGAGUCUAGCAUUGCCCAGAUUCAAGCCCAUAUAGAUGUGAACACUUUUGGACCUGUCCGUCUCUUCCAAGCUACUCUCCCUCUCCUUCAGAAGUCGUCAUCUGCUCGCUUCGUCCUCAUUAGCACUCUUUUGUCAACGAUUGGAGGGAUGCAAGAUAUUCCGCUCAAGAUUGCGCCAUACGGCGCUAGCAAGGCUGCGGCGAACUUCUUUGUCCGGAAAAUUAACUAUGAACAUGAUGAUAUUGCUACCUUGGCUAUCGAUCCUGGUUCGGUCAAGACAGAUGCUGGAGACAACGCUGCCCAAUCGAUGGGAUUCCCCGGUGCUUUGCUAGAGAUUGAGGUUAGCGUGAAUGCAAUUGUCACCAAAAUCGAUGGUUUGACCAAAGAAAACGGUGCGGGAGAGUUCUGGAGCUCUGACGGCACCACCCCCAGCUGGUAGGUAUACAAGUCGGAGGUGGGCAAAGUGAUAUAGAAACAUCCACAUAGUAUAGAAUACAC